AUGAAGAAUAUGAUGAUGAAUGAAGUUGUCACAACUGUACGUGCGUUGAAGAACAAAAUCUAUUUGAAUCAAGGAUUAUAUCCAGAAACAGACUCAUAUCGAUGCAAUCAACCCUCCUUCUCAAAUGGACCAGGGGGCGGAUCUGAAGUUCAGUUUACCCACACAAGUGGAGCAACGAAUCUACCAACACCCCCCACUACCAUCACUGCUUCUUCAUCUCCGGUCAUGUCUCAGCUUCAGGCUCAGGUCAUGGCUUCUCGAGCAACUGACAUUGACGCCGACGACGAUGAACUUGACUUUUGUUUUGCUCAUCCCUCUAUAAACAGGGGCCCUCCUGUUAAUGCUUACAUCAUCGCACAUAAACAAGUUUACCCUUCAAAAUAA